CGAAGGUCUGGGGCGAGUAUUGCAAAAUACAAAAUUAUAAAUUUUUGAAGUUUAGUUUUGUUUUAUUUUCGCCAAAAAUGCUAAAUUCUAGGCGUUUUAUUCCUGUUUUUGUAAAACGAGUUCGCGUGCUGCAAACUAGGAGAGCCUUUGGACGAAUUUCCGUGCGAACGACCGCUCAGGCUGCGAGAACAGUGCAAAAUAUUUUACCAAGGUGAGUUCGAGUUGGUAGUGUCAGCUGCUGUUUCUGUUGAUAGUCUUGUGGUAUUUAGCUUGAUUGUCUUGUUUCUUUGCUGUUUAGAAGUUCUUCCAAGUUAUGUUAUACAUCAAGGGUUCAAAAACAAUCGCGAUAUUUUAGCAAUGAUGGUAUGUAUUUGUGCAUGGUAUAUAUGUACUGUAUGUAUGAACCAUGAGGAAUUUCUACACGCGUAAAAACGCUCAGGUUGAUGCAAUACUGAUGAAAACAGGAUUGAACAAUGUUUUGCUGCCCACAUUGUUCACAGUUGUCAACAAUAUUGAACAAUAUUGUUACACCCGGAUUCAGGCUCAACAAUAUUGUUCAAUAUUGUUGACAAGUGUGAACAACGUGGGCAGCAAAACAUUGUUCAAUCCUGUUGAGCAGCGGGCUCGGCGUUUUUUGCCGUGUAAUAAUCCAGGUGUUCUAUAUAUUUACUAUUCAAUUUUCAAAAUCUUGGGUGCAAUAUGUAAUCUUUCCAGUCAAGAGCAUAGCAGUUUGAGAUUAAGGUUGACAUUAAAGAGAAAACAUGACAGACUUGAUUUUGUUUGCAUGAGUCAUUUCAUGAGUGUAAAUGACUUUGCCUUGAUGAGAAAUUUUGCAGGAAUCUUGCUAGAAAUCAGGAAUGGCAAUCAAUGCAGUUUAAGUCAUUAAGUGGCAGCACUCUCCCCCUGACAAGUAAAAUUGUCUGGCAUUAGACAGAGUAAAAUACUAAAGUAGGGCACAAAUAUAUGCAAGGUUAACAGAUACAUGGGCAGAUAUAGUCUGAUUAACCCUUUGAGUGGCAGUACUUUCCCCUUAACCUUAACAAGUAAAAUCAUCUCAGGCAAAAGACAAAAAAAAAGUACUGGGUGCAUCAGGGCACAUUGCCACUUGAAGUGCUAAUGUUUGUGAUUUGCAAGCAAAAAUGGUUGUCGUGUGUAACGGCUCAAUUUUAUACAUGUAUCACCUGUGUUGAUAAACGUUUGUGAGCUUAAACCUCUCGAUUACUUUCACAGCUCUUCCAUCUCAUAUCCGUGUCCCUCUCCCGGCAUUGUCGCCGACGAUGGAAGCAGGUACGGUUGCCAGUUGGUUGAAAGAGGAGGGAGAGAAACUAGAGGAAGGCGACGUCCUGGCACAGAUUGAGACGGAUAAAGCAACGAUGGAAUUUGAAACGCCUGACGAAGGAUAUCUUGCUAAGAUUGUCGCUCCUGCUGGCUCUAAAGAUGUCCCUGUCGGCAAGGUAUGAUUUGAUGCUCAGUCGUAGGGAAUCUAAGGUUUUGGUGAAAGGAAAAUCCCUCUUUGCAAUCUCCAACUACAUUUGUCAAACACAGGGUUGAAAUAACAAUGUGCAAUUUUCACACCUUUUUUUGCUUGAAUAUUGAAAAUUCCAAAUCUCUUCCAGAUGAUGUGCAAACUUUAGUUUACAAUUAUUUUCUUGACAGCUUGUGUGUAUAAUUGUUGAAAACGAGGAGGAUGUGGCCGCAUUUAAAGAUUUCAAAGAUGACGAGAGUUCAGCACCUGCAACCCAGGUAUAGGCAUCUACUUCUGUAUGUAGAUGUAAUUGAGUCUAUAGCUUCCCUGUUCAGUUCAUUUCAAAUAACUUUCUUUUCAUUCUAUUUCAACAGCCAGCAGAAGCCGUCUCUGACCCCCCACCUGCACCACCUGUUGCAGCUGCUCCCCCCACAACUCCUCCUCCUACAACCCCUCCCCAGGGUGCUAUGCCCCAGGCUCCCCCACCAGCAAUGCCUCCUUCACCCAGUGGAAGAGUGUUUGCAAGUCCUUUGGCUCGGAAACUUGCCAGAGAAAAAGGCAUUAAUCUACCGGUAUGAAACUUCAGUCUCUUUAUUUUUGCCCUCAGAGAUCAAUGUAGUGUGUCAGUGGUUAGUGCAUCUGUCUUUCAUCUUUGUGACUGGGGAUUGGUUCCUGAAAUACGCAAUUGUUUGAUUAUAAUUUCACCUCAGUCACAUGUGAGAAAAGUUAGUUUAGUUUAGGUUUCCUCCUGUAGUAACACUGGAUCAAUAAGAGAUGAUUCUUACUGGACCUCUAGGAAGAACAGUUUAGAACUGAUAGAGCCAUCCAGUAUAAAAAAAGUUAGUCUAGUUUAGGUUUCUUCCUGUAGUAACACUGGAUCAAUAAGAGAUAAUCAUUACUGGACCUCUAGGGAGAACAGUUUAGAACUGAUAGAGCUAUCCAGUAUAAAUAAAGUUAGUCUAGUUUAGGUUUCCUCUUGCAGUAAUGAACUAAUAAAAACUAAAAUUUUUCUAGUCUUUGUCAGGUUCAGGUCCUGAAGGGAGAAUUAUUGCCAGUGAUGUCCAAACAGGUGCUCCAGUGACACCAGAACGACCUGUAGCUCCACAAGUUACUCCAGGUAAGAGUAACGUUGUCUGGUUAUCUGCACAUGUACACUACAGUAUAUCUGACCGUUCUGCUUGCAUUCUCUAGAAGGAGAAUUUACAGAUAUUCCUCUAUCAAAUGUCAGAAAGGUAAGCAAUAUUGUCUAGUUAAAAACUGCAGAUUGAGAGGUAUUCAACUACCCAAAAAAUGCAAGUGGCCCAGUGUAAAUUUAUGUGUGCAAAUGAUUCGUCUCUGGAUCUGAUCCAGUCAACUUCACAUUUGUAAUUAUUAAAACACGAGCAGGAUUGCUCUAUCAGAUAUAAAACUUGACGCAACAGCCGAGAGUUUUAUUUCUGGUAAAGCAUCGACUGCAAGUGUUUUAAAUGGCUUAAAAAAGGACCCAUCUUGUGAGUUUAUUGAGGAAGUAAUUUUAGAAAUAAACGUUGUCUAAGUCGAGAAAAUCAAAACUAAAGUUCACAUGAUUUUUAUCAGAUAUAAAACCACCGACAUGGCGACAUGGUAGUGAUUUCCUUUCUCUUUAUUAAUGAGUUUUUUUAACUUAAUUUAGGUGAUUGCCAAGAGAUUGUUAGAAUCAAAACAAACCAUACCACAUUACUAUCUAUCUGUUGAUAUUCAAAUGGAUGAUAUUCUUGAGUAAGGAGAAUGAUAAAAAUUCCUACUAUCUUUUCUUUCUGCAAUAUGUGAUUUUUAUUUAUGCAUAACAUACACGUAUUUGAAUUACUCAGUCAGUCUGCUCUCGUAUAUAUACAAAGCAGAUUUCAAUUCCAUUUCUUGCAGGCUUCGUAAAGAAUUAAACGAGCUAGGAAAAGCUGAAUAUAAGUUGUCAGUGAACGAUUUUAUCAUCAAGGCUUCAGCCUUGUCCUGUAAACAGAUCCCUGAAGCUAACUCGUAUUGGAUGAAUGAAUUUAUUAGACAGUAAGUGUUUGAACAGAGAGUUUUCUUUGGGAAAUGUAAAGUAAGUAAGUGAGUAAGUAGACACAGUGAGUGAUAGAGACUCUUCUUUUCAGAAAUCAUAAUGUUGAUAUAAGUGUAGCUGUGAGUACAGAUUCUGGUUUAAUCACACCCAUCGUAUUUAGUGCUGAUAAAAAGGUAGGUUUACAUAUAUCAAGAAUGUUUCGUUCUCUUAACAGUUUCCUAAAUGCUAACCAUCAACUCUCCAUGAGAAUUGUACAUUGAUAUUUCGUACUAUACAUAUCUUAAUUUUGCAGGGAUUGAAAAACAUAAAUUCAGAUAUAGCAUCACUAGCCGAGCGAGCGAGAGACAAUAAACUUAAACCUCAUGAGUUCCAGGUAGGACGUAAUAAUGUAAUUUUCGUAAUCAUCUCAGUUAUACUGUAUGAUUUCCUCUUUUUGCACCAAAGCUAAAGAAAAGUUUUUUGAAAUAUUUAGGGUGGAACAUUUACGGUGUCCAAUCUUGGGAUGUACGGAAUAAAAAACUUUGCUGCCGUUAUUAAUCCGCCUCAGGUAAUAAAAUACACAAUAUCUUAAGCUCCAAUACAUGACACUGAAUUAAUUUGAAAAAUUUGCUUAAACAGUUGUUUUUCUCGCCGGGGAUUGGUUCCUGAAAUACGCAAUUGGCGUAUUGGCGCAAUUGGCAACCUCGCAAGCAAGACUCUUUACCUUCACACGCUACGAACGUUCUUGUUUUAGUAAAAAUAAGACUUAUGUGCUGUACUUUAUCUUUUACAGUCGUGUAUCCUAGCUGUUGGUCAAACAGAGAAGAGAAUAAUUCCUGAUGACAACACUGAACAAGGGUAAGAAAGAUUGGAGUUUAGAGAACUGAUAGAGUUAUCCAUUAUAAAUAAAGUUUAGUUUAGGUUUCCUCCUGUAGUAACACUGGAUCAAUAAGAGAAUCUGAUGAUCCUUGCGCUGAACCUCUAGGGAGAACAGUUUAGAACUGAUAGAGCUAUCCAGUAUAAAUAAAGUUAGUUUAGUUUAAGUUUCCUCCUGUAGUAACACUGGAUCAAUAAGAGAUGACCCUUACUGGACCUCUAGGAAGAACAGUUUAGAACUGACAGAGCUAUCCAGUAUAAAUAAAGUUAGUUUAGUUUACGUUUCCUCCUGUAGUAACACUGGAUCAAUAAGAGAUGACCCUUGCUGGACUUCCAGAGAGAACAGUUUAGAACUGGCAGAGUUAUCCAGUACAAGUUUGAUAAAGUUGCCUGUGUUUUAGUUUCAGUCAAGCCAUGAUGUUAAGUGUAACACUAAGCUGUGAUCAUCGUGUGGUUGAUGGAGCUGUUGGAGCUCAGUGGUUGCAACAUUUCAAGUCAUAUCUUGAAAAACCUGCUACACUACUGUUGUAGGACAGAGCAGUGAACCAUUGACUCUACACGUAUUUUAUAUGGCAGAGACUGACUGUUAAAAACAAGUGCAGAGCAAUAGUCACUAACUGUAAUCUCAUCUCAGGAAAACAAGGCAAGCUCUGCUACACUGACAGAGUUAUCUGAUAGAAUUUAUGAAAUUUAAACCAAUAUUUUAUUAACGUAAGCUGAUGUAUUUUAAAGAAACAACAAACGUCUACGAUGUAGAUACUAAAAUGUUGCUUCAAUACUGGCCUCACAAUAAUACUGGAUUAAGGUAAAGAUGUUAAAGCCAGUUUACAGUAGUUCUCUGAUUUGAUGUAUUUAAUAACUCGGUAAGUUACUGCAUGUACUAUUAAGUAUAGAGUUGUAGAUGGUUCUCCUGUGCUCUGAGGGUUUUUUCUCUGGGUAUAAUGCCUGGUUUACACUAUCAAAGUUUCUGUGAUCACAGUAGGAAUUUUGCAUCGGUAAGUUUUGAAGAUUUGUUAGAAAUGUUUGAGGAAACUGACUCGGUGAAACUGACUCGGUUGCACUUGGUAGCCAGUGACGUCCUGGAGCACGUGCC